AUGACCCCCAAGGCGGUGGGGCGCUCACUGCCGGGCGGUGAGCACAUGGCCUUACUGGGCGAGGAGGAUUCUUUCUGUGCUACACUUCUUUCCAGGGAUACUCUUGUCGUUGCCAUGUCCCGCGCGUCCAAAUUGACGCUGGCUGUUACCGGACUGGGCACUGCCGGCAUAGUCUACUUUGUGCACUGGGCACAGGAGCAAGACAGGGCGGCCAUGCAUAAGGGCGUGGAGCGAGACAUGGAGAAGCAACGCAUCCGAAAAGAGCGGCAAGCGGACUUUGAAAUUCAAAAGCGUCUCGAGCAGGAAUACCUCAAGCUACAGACGGUGCACAGCACUACCGACGAACAGAGUCCACCGCAUAAUCCGGGGACAUGA